AUGAUCUUCAACCGAUUCGCCGUUCUCUCCUCGCUCCUCGCGGCAACCGCGAUUGCGGUCCCCUUCGUCGCGGAGGACUUCCCUCUCAGUGCUAUCCCUCUGGAUGAGCUUCCUGCUCCAGACUCCAUUCCCACUCCUGUCAAUGCUACCGAGUCCGUAAAGUUGGCGACGCGGGCUACUGAAGGUAUUCACCUCGUCAACUGCGAAGGCAACGGUUUGGCGUACUCCAUCGAGAUCUACUGUGCUGAUGACAGCAACUGCAACUUCCAGCCCAGCUCCGACAACCAGUGCUUCCUGUCCACCAAGGGAUUGUUUACCUGGGAGGGCCGGGUCAACCAGGGCUGUGCAUUUACUAGCGGCGUCACUUACUACUACAUACUCCCGGCCAACGCCCACUCAUACCCCAACUUUUCCAAGGUUGGGACUGGUUUUAAUGCGUUACACAACUACAAUGUCUUCAAAGAUAACGAGCAUGUCAUGUACACGACUGGAAAUGGUGCGGUUUGCAAGAGUAUCUACUACAGCCUCAUUGCUUAA